AAAAGUAGGGAAGGCAAUAUCGGAAAAGCGGUGCGUAAAAGUCUCCACUUGAUAUUCGGGAGCAGCGAGCAGGGCUGUCGUGGGCCGCGGCUCGGAGGCUCGGAGCUCGCGCGCCGCUCAGUGUUGCUCGAGCAAGUGGUGGGGGAGAUAUAUCGUGCCUGGAUUACGCUUAGGAUUACAGUGUGCUCAUUCAACUGUCAGGUUCUUCGCCUUGUUGAUGGGGCGGGCGAGGCAGACAUGGGGCCUCUACGCCGCGUGAAGCUGACGCAACUCAACGCCCACCUGGUGUGUGUGCUCUGCUCCGGCUACUUUGUGGACGCCACCACCAUCAUCGAGUGCCUGCACACCUUCUGCAAGACUUGCAUUGUUCGCUACCUGCAGACCUCGUCUUUCUGCCCCAUUUGUGAUGUUCAGGUGCACAAGACGAAACCCUUGUUGUCCCUUCGCGAGGACCGCACGCUGCAGGACGUGGUGUUCAAACUGGUUCCUGGCCUUUUCCACUCUGAAAUGAAGAGGCGCUACUACUUCUACAAGGAGCACCCGGAAGGAGGUGGAGACAAGACCGAGCAGAGCCUGAGGGAAAGACGUCAUUUCUUCCACGUGGACGACCAGAUUUCCCUGUCACUGGAGCACGUCUCAGCGCCGCCAUGCCCCGUGCAGAGCCUCGUGCACCCCCACCUGGUCAAGCCUCUCAAGGUUAGCAAUGGCCAGCAGGAGAAGCAGCACAAGUCUUCUGUGCAAGAGGAGAAGAGCGAACCUGUGUCUGUGAAGGAGGAGGAGGGCGAGGGUCGUGAUGGCGGCGGCGACUCCAAGCUGGCCCACAAGCGGUACUUGAGGUGUCCUGCCGCGGUCCAGGUGUCCCAUUUAGAGAAAUUCGUCCGCCUGAAGUACAACUUGUCCCCGAAGACACACAAGGUGGAAAUCAUGCACGGUGGAGACUGUCUGAUGGGGGAGUGGACGCUGCUGGACGUGGUGUACAUGUACAAGUGGACGGAGGAUGCUCCUCUGCGCCUCAUGUACACUGUCUCGGUUCUGCCUCAGACUCGAAAAAGAGUUAAGCCAUCCGGUAACAAAGCUGUGGUUAAAACAGAGCCCGGUGCCCCACCUUGCAAGGUGCCGAAGCUCCAGCCUUCCGCGCCGGACAACAAAGUAGCACCUUCGGCAGUAAGUACGCCGUGGCAGGAUUCAACGAAAGGGGACGUAGUUGUCAGAGGGGACUGUAAGGAUGAAAAGCCACAGGAUGCCGGAAAAGUCUUGCCUCCCCAGACGUUUGUGGUUGACAAACCUAACAUCGUGACAAGCACUGUGUCGGUGAGUGCUUCUCUGUGCACCGAGACGAAACCCAGUUCAUCCUUUGCGCAGACCAGCAUCAUGAGCUGCGGUAACGGAGCCGUGCAGCUUCCCAGUGCCAGAGGGCGGCCGGCCCUCACAACUACCACACCUGCCACUACCACCCCGCGCGUGGCCCUCACCCACAUGUCCCCGCAGACCCCGCCCACCACAGUUCCUUUGUCAGUUGUGGGAUCCAGUGCCCCAGUUGCCAUAGCGCCAGUCUUCACCAAGCCUCCCGUCAGUCCGGGGAUGACAUCAACUGCACCUGUUAUGAUUCAGACGUCACAGCCGGUGAUCAAUGGUCUGAAUGACGUCGGACUGAAGCAGAUCCGUGGUACUGUUCCCAGUCUACAAGGGAACAAAAUGUCACAGCCAAUCAUUCCUACACGUCCGCGCCUGGGCAGGCCUCCGAAUCCGUCGCGAAUAAAUGCGGCCAAAAUGAGACCUCCGGCACCCAGGAUGUCAAUUCCUAACGUAGCCCGACCACAGGGUAAAAAGGUGUACCCUGGAGGCAUGGCCGUCCGCCCCAACCCUAUGGUGUCUGCCAGCCUGAAUGUGCAAAAUCGCUUGAGCAGCAUCAGUGGGCCGCCAGCCAAGCUAGUGGCGUCCAAAGUGUCUGUCAAGAGGACGAGCGAUGGUUUAUUUCAAGAUGGUGGCACGUCUCCCCUCCAGACUCCACCUGUCUCCGCCAUCAACUCACCCACUCCCUCCACUAACAACACUAACACUCCUGCGUCCUCGCCCAUCUUGCCCAAUGCAACACACAGUCCAUGCACCACUCAGUCACCCUCGCCAUCACAAGUCAGUACUAGUAAGGAUUCAACCAACAUCACGUCCACUGUGACAACCACCAAGACCACUGCUUCACCUCAGCAGGCAACGUUAGCCAUGGACAGGCAGACGCAGAAAAAGUGUUUCCCUCAGAGCCAGGGAGUACCGGCUGGCCAAAGGACGAACCAACAGUCACCACGGCUACCAAUGAACCAUAGCUUGAGACCUACCGGCUCCCAAAUGCCGCGCCACCCAGGGCCUCAAAUGGGUCAGCGGCAGCCGCCGCCACAGAACAGUCAACGAACUCCCGCCCCGCCCAGUCACCAGCGGCAUCCCAUGCAGGCCAACCAGCGACCUACAUUAGCACAACAAACCCAGGGAAAUCAGCAGCCUUCCAGUCCUCAACAGCCUUCCAGUCCUCAAGUGAUGCAGCAUCACGCCUCCCUAGAAGGCUCUCAGCCUCCAACGGGGCAUCCUCGUGCUGGGUCUCCAGCGGGGCACGGUGUACAGAAACUCCCACUUUCCUCCACUAACCAGCGUCUUUCAAGCCUUGGUGCCCAGCGGCCUCACUUGGGCCCAAGUCCCCAGCGGCCAGCCACCCCCGCCAACACUCGGCCAUCCAGUAGCCCUGCUCCUCAUCGACCUCACAACAGCCCAGCCCCUCAUCGACCCCCAAGCAGUCCUGCCCCGCACCGUACCCCCUGCAGCCCCGCUCCCCACCGUCCCCCCAGCAGUCCCGCUCCCCACCGUCCCCCCAGCAGCCCCGCUCCCCACCGUCAGCCUGGAAGUACAACACCCCGCCCGCACAGCACCCCAACACCCCCCUCCAGCCUUCCCUCACACUCCCCCAGGUCAACUCCCUCACCCAGAUGUGUAUCAUCGCCUUCCCCAGUACCAGUGUCCACCCCAGCCUCGGUGAGGGAUGCGCUUCCUCCCCUGACUAUUUCCUCUCCCGCCAGUAGCGUCGCCCCGCCAAACGUUACAAAUACUACAAAUGGGACUCCACAGGGAUCAAAGCCCAGUGAGACGAAUAAUCACGGUCGAGUAGUGCCCUCUACAGGCAGUGGCACCACCCAGACACAACCCACAAAGACUGUGUCACCCGGCGGAGGGAAGACUGCACCAAAAUCUCCUGGGCGAGGUCGAGGGCCCUUCAGUUCCCCAAGUAUACUGAGCAUUGCGCAGUCGCUUGCCAACAGACAGCUGCAGCAGCGCACUACCACCACCACAGCUGUCAGCCAAACAAAUAAUACCGCCAUGAAUUCAAUAAGUAUCGGCACGAGCCAGAUAAACGCUCACCAAGCAUACACCACAGCAAACACCACGCCAGUGUACCCAAGCCCCGUGGCGGGCAGUCUGGUGCCGCUGGCUGCUGCCUACAUGGCUUCCACGUACGGGGAUGCCACUCCAGACGUUACCGCCAUGAGAAAUCUCAUUACUCUUAGUCAAACGGCGGCUUGCAUACGAGAGUUUAACCUGGCGGCCAUGGUGAAUAAUCUUCCAAGACCAAAUGACCCGGCCCCCAUUGACCUGUCACCUACUAGUAAAGCAGCGCCCCAGACGCCGCUCACUAAUGGCAGAAUGUCCGUUCCUUCAUCCUCCUCCACGACGGCUACCAAGACUACUAAUUCAAAGUCUCCCACAAAGACUUGCCGGCCGUCAGCAACAGCAAAUGCACCCACUAUUUCGCCGCCCACUCCCGAGGUGACUAUAACAAAGUUGCCCAAUACCCCAGCCUCCACCACCUCCAGCACUACCCCCACCUCCAGCACAACCAAGACCACUUUCGGGUCGGCCAAGCUCGGCUCGUCCAACACCAAUACCGUAUCUAUCACCAAGCGCCCCGCCUCCAGCAAGAUAGCGAUAGCCAAGUCUCCUGCCAAUGCCUCAGUGAGACAAAUACCAAAUCCUUCCUUCGUCAGGCACCAGUCAGAAGCGCGGAACAAUAACAAUGUUUCCAAACCGCCUUCCUCCACCACUUCCUCGGCCCCUGCCACCACCACCAAUACCACCAAGAAUGUAUCCAAUAAACAAUCUGGUGGAGGGGGUCGGACGGCGGGUAACUCUCCCCUAAAGGAAACUGGUCCCCUUCCUAAGACUUCCUCGAUUCUGGAGAUUGAAAACCUCACUAGGUCUCUUCCCGCCCCUGCGGCUGCGGCUGCCGCCGCUACACACGGGCUUAACUUUUUUGAUAACAGAUAGGGAAUAGCAGACAUAGAAUUUUCUAGUUGUGGUGAAGAAUGAUGCGGAACGAACACUAAUUUAAUUAAUUUGUGGUCGUGAUCUCCCAACGAGUGCCGCAACCCAGUGCCUUGUAACGUGUGUAAGCAUCGGGACCCACCAGAUGAUGUGUCCCGGGUGUGACGUGUUUUGUAACGCGUGUGAGCAUCGGUACACGCCCGACGUUGUGUCCUGGGUGUGACGUGUGUGUGUGUGCUGCGGUGAUACACUGAUACCUUAGUGAUCUUUCCUUCUCAACAUUUUAUUUAGUAUUCUGUAAAAAGGCCUGUGUAGGGAACCACUCCUUUGCCAUACAUAUCACGUGUAAGCUCAUGAAGGUAGUGAAUGGAUGCAGUGUGUUAAGGAACGCUCCAGGACUGCGGGAGCCUCGACUUGUCCGCCAGCGAUGUCACGAGUGACCCUCACGUUUGGUUCUUUAAAAAAAACUAAAAGUACUUUGCUUUUUUAUAAACACAUCCACCAUGUAGAUUUGUAUAUGACUAAACAUAUUAUAUAAGGCUUGUGAUUGUUUUAUCUUCACGUGUAUAGACCAAAUAUUACUCUGUAUAUCCAGCAAAUGUAGAUUUUAAAAGUACACAAAGAUUUUUAAAA